ACAAUAUAAAAAACUUUUUUGAAUAUAUGAUACACAUAUCUCAUGAUGAAGAGACCGUUUGAAUAUAUGGCAACCCUUCGUACACGUAGCUAUCAAAAUGACUUAACAUAUAUGGACAAGAAAACAUACAUCCAAGCACAAGGAAUUUCGUUUUCCAAAGGUCUCUUCAUCCAGCAUGCAUGAUGAGGACCAGUGCUCUUGUGACCUUUCUUUCCUCUCCAAUCCAAUUCCUACAAAUCAAUUAGUCAUACACAUGGAAUCAUGUUUCCAAAAGUUAGACCAAAAUAUGGAGAAAAAGCAGCAGAAAUUUAGUAUCAUUAGUCUCAUCAAAGAGAGAAGAUAAGAGAAAGAUGUUUGGUUUUCCUCAACUUCCGCCAUUCUUUUAAGCAAACAUGGACUUGGAAGCACUUUUGUGAAAGCUUGGCUGCAUGGAGAAAACACAGUAAUUCCUACUAAUUUUUGGAUCACAUGUACAUUUAGAGGAAAAUUAUGGAUAUGCAACUAAGAAGAGGAGAAAAGCAAAAACAAGUCCUCAUUUAUAUAUCUGGCAAAAAAUAAUCAAGGGUUAGUUGCUAAUUAAUAAAUUGCCUAAAAAUGAAUAGAAGAAAAGCAGAAGAAAUUAAUUAGAGCAACAAAAAAUCUUUAUCUUCUUUUGAGUCUGAUUAAAAGAAAACAAAAUCAACAACCAUGCAUAUUGCAAGUUUGCAACCUACAAGGAAAAAGAGUCUCGAACCUUAAGAUAGAUCGUGAGAAAUUUGAAAAGAGAAGAACUAUAUAUCUCUUGUUACAUAUCUUAAUAUUGCAAAUGAAACAAAAUACUAAAGAUAUGGAUAUCGCAAGCUUACUUUGGAAUUGAAAGUGUGAACGAGCAGCCCUAGCUUAUAUAUAUUACUAAUUAUACAAAGUGAAAUUAGGCUGCACUCCUCAAUUACAAAUAUGAGAGUUCAUUCCAAGUUAAACAGAAAUGGUGUUAAGAACUCUACUCAAAGGAAAAUAAAGUGUGCUUAUAUAC